GACUACGAACUUUGAAUUGAGCACACUUCGAAGUUACACAAGUGAGAGUGCAGUAUUAGAAUUUCAAAGCAGGUCUCAUUGAAAAAAAAUAAAGGAGGACGGAAAAUGUCAGCGGCAAAACAAAUUUACUAUUCUGACAAAUACACCGACGAUGAGUAUGAAUAUAGGCAUGUUAUGCUACCUAAAGAAAUAGCAAAGCUUGUGCCAAAAACUCAUCUGAUGUCUGAAGCAGAGUGGCGUAGCAUAGGUGUACAGCAAAGUCAAGGCUGGAUACACUACAUGAGGCAUGAUCCAGAACCUCAUAUCCUGUUAUUUCGACGCAAACUUACACCCAACCAGUCGUGAGGCACAAGUACAGACAUUUUAGAAGUAUACUUGAAGAGGUUUUCACUUGAAGACAAAAAUGAAAAUGCUGUGCCUUUAUUAAGGACACAUAUAGGAGUGUACCACCAAUUGUUCCUACAUUUUUUUUUAACAAGUCUUCGCUGUGGUGUUGAUGUGAAAAUUUAUCAGGGAAUGCACCGCAAAGAGAUGUAGUCAGUUGACUCAAUCACAUGAUGCCCCUUGACAAUUGGCUGCAGCUAAAUUGUUGUGACUGGUCACCAUUUAGAAGACAUCGGAGACAUGCUGAACUAGGAUUGAAUAGAUGAAAUGGCUUAUUCUUCAUUUUUCUAAACCACAUUGCAUUUUGGAUGAACAAACCUUAUUUUAAACUAUGCAGACUUGGUCAUCUGUCAGUGAAAUGAAAUACAUGGGGUAGAUGAUCCCCCUACUGCAGCAUCUGUGCCAAUGUGUCAUGUCAUUGACCUUUUCCUGCAUCAUGUUAUUUGUGUACCUUUAAUGUCAUUUGUCUGGUGUGAUUUAACUGUUGGUCUUUGACACUUUGUGGGCAAAUGUUGAGAUGUAAUGGAAGACAAAAGCAUUUAAUUUGUGAAUACUAGUUUGUGUCCACUUAAGUCAUUUUCAUUUAAUCAGAAUCCUGUAAGCAUCCUACCACUUUCUCACUCACUACUCUGUGUCUUUCAACUGACUGAAGACUAUCAUUUUUAGUACAUUUUACAUUUCAGAAUUUUCUGUGACUGUAGUGUGAAUAAACUUAUUCAUACCAGA